GAGCAGAUCUAGCUACGCUGUACAUGUGCCGAUACCAUUUAAGGGAACAAAUGAAGCAGUGAUAAAAAUCAGAUCUUUGUGAUUCCAUCAACUUUUCCCCUUGAUCGUAAUUGAAUAAUUUAUGUGAAUAAAUAAGCAUAGCCCAGCCAAAUUGAGGCUUUCAAGUCAUGGAAAAUGAUUUGGUUCGCUCCGUUUCUUCACGGGCUACCAGAAGAAAUCAGCACCUGCUCACUAAAGAUGGUAGAGGAUUAUUGUACACCGAGAAACUAUCGCCAGAAUACACAAUGAGGCUCACUUGGAAAAUGGGUUUCUUUCGGUUGCUUCUGACGGGAGGAAUUAUUUGGAUGCUGAUAAUUCUCACUGUUUUGUGCUUUCAUAUUUGGUCUUGCCAAUCCUCUGUUGCGUUUUUUUCCGCUCUUUGUAACAAAGACAGCAAGGUAUAUGGCAUGUUAAGUACAAUGGGGAUGGUGACACCACCGCAUCGUUGUCCUAUCCCUGUUGCUGGUGACCCCAAUAAAAUAGUCAUUCCAAAGAAAAGGUCGCCUGAAAAGCUUGUCCGGAGACUAUCCUAUAUCAUGGAAGAUAGUCCUAUAAAUGACAGGUCAAAAUCUUCUCCUCUCUACAGAACUGCUAUUAAUGGAACACAAUCUACUCCUCUAUUUGGUGGGCAUCAGACUUGGCAGCAAAGAGAUGAAAGCUUCAAGAUCAAGCCAACUAUGGAGGUCCAUUGUGGAUUUAUGAAAGGUGGAGGAGAAGAAAUGGAUCCAAAAGAUGCUGAAUAUGUGAAGAAAUGUAAAUUUGUUGUUGCAACUGGAAUUUUUGAUGCUUAUGAUAUGCCUCAUCAGCCAACCAACAUUAGUAAACGGUCACAGACUUUAUUUUGUUUUCUUAUGGUGGUUGAUGAAGUGUCCCUUGAGUUUAUAAAAAAUAAUGCCAGUGUCAGAGUGGAUAGUGAUUGGGGAGAAUGGGUGGGUAUCUGGCGCCUGAUUCUCCUUAAGAACCAGCCCUACGAUGAACCUAGAAGAAACGGGAAAGUUCCCAAGAUAUUAACUCACAGGCUGUUCCCGCAAGCAGAGUACAGCAUCUGGAUUGAUGGUAAAAUGGAGCUCAUAGUUGACCCAUUGCUUCUACUAGAGAGAUAUUUAUGGCGUGGGAAGCACACAUUUGCUAUUGCUCAACAUAAGCAUCACCGAAGUAUAUAUGAAGAGGCUGAUUCGAACAAAAGAAGGAAACGAUAUGCUCGCCCUCUCAUUGAUCUGCAUAUGAAAAUAUACCGGUAUGAAGGAAUGGAGCCUUGGAAUCCACAGAAAGACACCUGGAGUGACGUGCCUGAAGGAGCGAUCAUCAUACGUGAACACACUGCACUGAGCAAUCUGGCUAGUUGUUUGUGGUUCAACGAGGUCCACCAAUUUACGCCAAGAGAUCAGCUAAGCUUUGGAUACGUAGUCUAUAGGUUAGGUGGUAUGUUCAAAUUCUUUAUGUUCCCCAACUGUGAAUACAACUCAAUCUUUGUGUUGCACCCGCACAUUCGCGAGCAUUCGUCCAAAAUAGAGUGGGCUAAGAGUAUGGCGGAGUUGAGAAAACACCCUGAGUUGAUAGAGAGCAAAGGGGGGUUAGGGUUGUGGACGCCAUAUCCAGGUGAUCUUGGUUUGGUUGUGUUACCACCAGUAGCAAGAACAUCUAAAGCUGGUUGAUGCUGCUUUCUUUUUACUACUAAACUUUGUUGUAGUUUUCACUUUUCACACUCCCACCAUUCCUCAUUAACAUUAGUCUAAAAAUUUGAAUCUUAGUUGCUGGUUCUGUACAUGUAUAGUAGUAUCCAUUGUACGGAUAAUUUCGAAAUACUUUUAUAAAUUUUGGGAUAUUGUGUAGUA